UUCAAGUCCGCAGCAAUAAUGAUUCCGUGUGACGAGGAAAAUGUCGACGGACGAGUCACGCCCUCUCCUAGCGACAAGCACGCUCUGGCGUCCACAACGUCCCGGCCUCGCAAGAAGUCAAUCAAAUCGACCCGGAGGAUUCGCAGGAGGCACAGCAAACACCAGCCGCCGCAGGGAAAUGGCGCAGAAAGCGCCGCGACAACGUGUGAACCCGACGUGAAGAGGCAAGCUGGUGCAGCUGACAAGUUCCGCGACAGCCAAAGCGAGAUUUCUCUUGCAAAACAGGCUAGAUCAGAGGAGGAACACGGACCAAAGCAGCACCGCCGGCAGUCCCACACCCGUCUGCGCCAGAAGCACAAGGGCCGAAAAAAGGGCAGUGAGUCACGGGAUCAUGACUCAAAAGACGCAUAUCAACGCCACAACGAUCCCGAGAAAGAUACCAUGGUAUCGAAGCCUGAGGCGCUGUUGGCAGCUUCUGUUUGCAAGGCGGUGGAUGAGCACGCUGCGGGACCUGUCAAAUCGCCGGGCGACGAGGGCCGAUCCCAACCAGAGGCGGAAAGGGAGGCGAUUGGACCUCAACCAAGCGUCAAAUCGGCUCACAAACCUGAUACUGGGCCAGUGGAAAGAAAAACAGGGCAAGGAUAUAGUAAAAGCAAAGGCACCAAGGCUUCAACAAGUGACAUAUUGGGUGGACGCAUUGACGCCAGGCCUUGCUCGUCAGUGGCUACCGAGGAGCGCCGCUGGCUUCGCCGCCUGGCGGGCUGCUUGGUAUUUGCGGCCAUCUUGUGCUUCGUGGGUGCCGCCCUGUACGUCGCCAUCUUUGUGCUCGCGGGUGACGCCGCCGUUGCCGCCGGCUUCGUCAGGAAACCGACGCGGGCCGCACUGCACCCGCUGUGCUCGGGGACCGCCUGCGUGCGAGCACUGGAUGCCUUGACGGAGAACAUGGAGGACGUCAACCCCUGUGCGGACUUCCAGCGCCACGUAUGCGGCAGAUGGUUUUCCCAACACUCUCGGCGAGAAAGCUACGAGCAAGAGGCCGUGGAUGUCUUCUUGUCGCGCAUACAUCAAGCGUUAAUAGAUGCAGCACAGCAGCCUCAUGGCCACGUGACCAGGGAGUUCAACAUGGCCAAGCUUUACGAUAGCUGCCUGAAGUUUGCGGUGCAGGAACAAACGGUGAAGACCACCGAUGUCCUCGAAUCCAUGGGCAUCAAGGCCGAAAUCCUUCAGUCGAUCAGAAGGCCCGGUGACCUUUUCCGCUUCGUCGUGGGAACGAGCCUCUCGACCGGACUGCCUUCCGUGGUCGCAGUCCCCCUGCGGAGGGGCUCGUCCCUUCGGGCCCCUUUCGUCCCGGCAGUGGACAUGGGACAGACGCUGCUCGUGAGUCUACACUACGUUCACGUCUCCGCUUACCUCAAAGACGCCGUGGCCGACUUCCGAGUUUCGAACGCCGAAGGCGUCAUCGCCGCCGUGACCAAGAUUGACGAGGCCGUGGAAGCGUGGCGAGCCAAGGCCGACAGGCGGGAGUCGUUCGCGACGAUGCGCCUGCGAGAGCUCCGGGACGUCGUGGGAGGGGCGAGCUGGAUCGAGGCCCUGAACAGCGGCCUGCUGGCCACAGGAGCAUCUCCGCAGUUCACGAACGAAAGUGCGGUGAUGACCAGGGCACGCGGCCAGAUCUACGGUGCCUUGGCGGCGCUGCUCUUCGGCCAGGCUAGCAUGGAACACGCACGCUUCUACGCCGUGCUCCUUCUGCUAGCGCAGGUCAUGAAGUACCGCUACCUGCUGGAACGCACUCUCGAACGCACCUUGAAGGACCACGGCCAGUGCCUUCACGUGACAGGAAGCCUGACGAGCGCAUCGUUCACGGCUUGGGUAACGCAGACGCUAGUCCCUACAGGCGCCAUCGAAGACCUCGGCCACAUGGUGAAAGGCCUCAAGGAGGCCAUGGUUAGCCGACCCGCCCCAGUGCCGGAGCUGAAUGUGAGCGACAGCGACGUUGCCAAGUGGACUGUCCACGUAAUAGGAUCGGAGAGAGCCCUUCCCCAGUCUUCCGCGGUCUCGUCGCUGGCCGCAGCGUCUGCCCCAUACGACGACCGCUUCCUGCUGAACGUGGCCCGCGCCAGCAGGGACAACGUUUUGCCCGCCCUCUCCAAACACGAGAGCACGUCGUCUGGCGGCCGCGACGAUCCACUGGGCGAGGACGUGGACGCGCGCACCCUGGCGGCGUGGCAGAUCCGAGGAACGACGUCGUACGACAGUCGCACCGGGCGACUGUUCGUGCCCGCCGUGUGGCUGUCGAACAUCGCGUUCGUACGCGACAGUGCCGUUCCGGCCCUCGACUUCGCCACCUUGGGCGUCCGUCUCCUGGCGGUCUGGAUUCGCAGUCAGCUUACAAAGAGACCGCACCUGCGCGAAAAUCUCGAGAGCAGCUCAGGGUGCCCCUGGCGCGAGGUCGAUACAUCUCUAGAGGACGAAAACUCCGACGAAGUCGUGCGAAAGGUCGCCUCUACGGAAUGGGCCCUUCGCUUGGCCUUUCUGGCAUCCCAACAGCCGUUGCCGAGGAAGGACCUCGCGAGCGGCGUGCUUAGAGAUCGAGUCUUCUUCUGGAGGUUUUGCCAGUCUCAUUGCGGAGACAUUGUUAGCGGCGAUGUCUGUGGUAUUGCGGUUCGUCGCACACGAUCUUUUCGGGACGCCUUCGCGUGUCGCGAAUCCGAUGCGGCUCUAUGCUCACCCUGAAACGUAAGCCGAAGAGAAAGCCGCAUUUAAUGCCGCUGGCUUUCUGUUUUCUCGUUGUUUCUUCAAAUCAAGCAUAACGUACGUUUACAGCGUGAAAUUAUUCAGCACGCUUUCAACGUUAUUCUAUCCUACUCUACUAAGUGAAGCCAUAUAUGGUGUAAUUUUUCGUAACUGCAAGAACUCCUCUCGCCUUUUCGUUGUAUAAAUGUUUCCAUCUGCUUGCACUAGCUUUGGCACGACGAAUCCAGCCAUGAGCACUACUUGUAAUAAACGUAUUUUAGUUCCCUCAAGCCUACCCCAAGCAGACCAUACGAUGCAUUUAAUCAGAAUACCAGAGAUGCUUGUUCCGUACGGUUGUAUUUGCUUGCUUCGGUCUCCGUGUCCAUGCGGGUCCGCGUGUACCUAAUGAUUCGUUUAUAUGUAUGUUUUGCGAAGAAAAAUGGGAAUACAUAUGAAUUCGUACCAGUACAUAUGUAUAGAGCUUUAAAGUUUCGUAAUAUCACCGCAGUGGUGUCCCUUUGACUCGAGGCAUCGGGUACCACUGGGUAGGUGAGCAGUGGGUUUCAGGUCUCAUUGACACCUUCGCGGUUGCGAAGGUGUCGAAGGCAGACUUCCCGGUUGUUGCCAACGACUUGGACCAUGCGCACCGGUGGGAUAUCAUUGUAUUCAGUUGUGUACGGGAUCGUCAGUUUGGCCCCAGUUGGUCAGGCAUAGGCGACGCGUCCCAGUAUGGCUGAGGCCCUGAUUGUGGUACGGUCGGCAAUUCGGGUUAAUGGAGAGUGUGGAGCGGAGGAGGAGGAUUAGGAGUCCCACUUUUUUUUGUUUUUGCCUCAAGUUUUCAAUGAUGCUAAUUGUUCCUGACGUGAGGCGUGUUUAAAACCGGUAAAAGAGGGGUCGCUUGCUAAAAUCGCAUGGUAACAAAAACAUGGUGUACUCAAAUCGUUCAUAUUGACACGUGUACUUAUCUUUAUCGGGCGACCACGUUUCGCCGCCUAACAAAUGUUAUCGCACAGCGCGGGACGCGCCUGCAUGUAUCCGAAGUUUCUGGAAAGUUAUCGAUGCUUCUAUCCGGCUGCCUGUUGUCGCCGAACCUUCUGUUAUCUGAUUUCAUCGCGUGACGCGAAUGGUGUAGAACUUUGUGGAAGGCACGUGGGUCCCAACGAUUAGUCUGGAACGUUCGACGACUGCUGUAUAAAAGCCGACGCGCUUUACCCGCUGAUCAGAUUUUCGACGAUCGCCGACCGUGUUCGCCGCUAUCGUUGUGCUAUAAGUGUCGCCUGUUUUUGUGG